UAUCGCCUAAACAAAUGUCUCUGAGUGAUGAUUGGACGAUGACGUCAUACAUGAGCCGGAAGAGAAUCCACGUGUGCGGCAGACCAGUGAGUAAACAUGUUGAUGCUGUUCAUGGAUCCGGUGCUCUGCUCCGACUUCCUGUCCUUCCUGGGCUCUGGCACUCGGGCAGAUGUGAAGAGCCAGGCCCUGGAGUAUGUGCUGGGUGUGAGUGCUACACCCGAGGGUAGGCGGAGUCUGUGUGAGGUGCCGGGGUUACUACGCGCUGUGCUGGAUGUGACCUCUGACCCAUCACCUCCAGGAGUCCAGGAUUCUUAUCACAUAUUGGUGAAUCUGACCUCUGACCCCUGCACUCACCGCUCCCUGCUGGACAUCCCUGCUCUGCUCCCCACACUCGCUCAGCGCCUGGCUGACCCCCAUUACGUAUACGCUGACUCCGUCUGCACUGCCCUGUGUAACCUGAGCCGCGAGGAGGAUUCCUGCCGCGCCGUCAUCUCCACGCUGACCGCUCAGGGACUGAAUCAGCUGCUGGAGAUGAUCUGCAGCCCCCGGUACAACGCCGCAGCCACACUCGACUACCUGGGGCCCCUGAUGUGUAACCUGACGCAGCUGACCGAGGGCCGCAGCUUCAUACUGGACCGAACCAGGUGUGUUUUGCAGCGUCUCCUCCCGUUGACUCACCUCCGGGGGUCGGUUGUGCGCAGAGGAGGCGUUGUAGGGACCCUGAGGAACUGCUGUUUCAGUCACGCGGAUCAUGCCUGGCUGCUGGGAGACGACGUCGACUUGUUGCCGUUCCUGUUGCUGCCCUUGGCUGGUGGAGAAGAAUACUCGGAAGAAGAAGUGGAACUCCUUCCGCCCGACCUGCAGUAUCUGCCGGAGGACAAGGAGCGGGAGCCGGACCCCGAUAUACGGAAGAUGCUGAUAGAAUGCCUGCAGCUGCUCUGCGCUACCCCAGAUGGGCGUCGUAUCCUUAAAGAUCGGGGAACGUAUCUGAUCCUGAGAUCGCUCCAUUCCUGGGAGGCGGAGCCUGAUGUGAAGAGAACCUGUGAGAAGGUCAUCCAGAUCCUGAUCGGUGAUGAGCCCGAGCGUGGAUUACAAAACCUGCUAGAAGUUCAGGUGCCCCCGGAGCUGGAGGAACAGCUGCAGCGAGCGCAGCAGGAAGAGGAAGAGGAGCGAGCGCAGCAGGAAGAGGCGGCCAAGUGAGUCCUCAGCAUCUCCCCCUGCCAGCAGGUCUUCUGAAGGACGUCACCACAUCUGAAGCCCCAUUCCACCAUGUGUGAAACUCCUGCUCUGGCCCCUGUCACACGAGGGUGUUCAGUCCGGGGCCACACUCCCAGAAUGAACGCUGCUCCUUAUGAUUUAUGAUGCUGUGAGUCCUGCCGGUGGACAGUAGACUGACAUCUGACCGAGUGCGGCGUCCGCUCAGCUUCUGACACAUUUACGUUUUGCCCGUGAAUCAGUAGUGCUUACCAGAGUAAUACAUGACAUCACCGAUCC